AUUUUCGCAUCAAAUCUCACGAGAUCUCAGACGCCUUUGAAACGAACAGAUCGGUUUCGCAUAUCCCGCGAGAUUUCACAUUGUAGCCGUAGGGCAAAGCUACGUAAAGUGCGUAAAGGUCUUGCCUUGAUUCGGCGCGUAGGAAAUGUUUGCGUAGAAACCAACAACAAACAUGGCGGACGAUCACACAGAUGCAGACCAGAGCAUGGAAGGACACACUCCUGUUGCAGAGAAUCCCCAUGCAGAGUACGGGCUGACGGAGAACAUCCAGAGAAUAGUGGAGAGUGAGAAGGCGAACGCUGACAAAGUGCCCAAACAGAAGGUGGAUCUCCAGACGCUACAGACCCUCCCCACGCGGGCGUACCUGGACCAGACGGUGGUGCCCAUCCUGCUCCAGGGCCUCUCGGUGCUCGCCAAGGAACGGCCUCCGAACCCAAUCGAGUUUUUAGCCACGUUCCUCCUAAAGAACAAGUCUCAGUUCGAGGACCGGGGUUAGGCUGAAGUAUCGACGAAGCUGCUGAUUGAAACCCAACCCAACUGUUCAACUGUUUCCCCCCUGAAAUGUUUUUUAGUUUUUUUUUUUUCUUCUUCUUUUUUUGACACUUGAUUAAAAAUGUUACAGCAGAAUCACAA